AUGGCAUUUGCUGGCCUAUUCGAUCGUGUGCUUGAUGAUGGACCGAGUGGCUUAAAAAGAAGACAAACACUUCAUGGAUCACGGCUACAUCAUGCACACAAUUCGGCGAAAGAUGCUAUUUCGAAUGCCGACAAAGAAGUUCUCAAAAAGAUGUCGACCACUUCAUACGGAAUGCAACAAUUGAGAAAUCACGCUUUUUCCUCAUCUUUUCAUUUCAGCCAACUUUCCAGUCCUCCACUACGUGAGUCAUUUGUAUCA